GCGUAUCGGGGCGGGGUGCGGUGGCUGUCAGCUGACUGGGGCGGCAGCAGUUUCGCUGGGACAACCGACGGACACGCAGGCUCCGCGGGGGCGGAAGAGCUCUCCCGGCCGCGUCACUGUUGGGUCGGCUAGGCGCGGGGGCCGCCGCAAAACUAUGGCGACCACUGUCAGCACGCAGCGCGGCCCGGUGUUAAUUGGUGAGCUGCCGCAGGAUUUCCUCCGCAUAACACCCACACAGCAGCAGCAGCAGGUCCAGCUGGAUGCCCAGGCAGCACAGCAGCUGCAAUAUGGAGGCACAUUGGGUACCGUGGGCCGCCUCAGUAUCACUGUGGUGCAGGCAAAGCUGGCAAAAAAUUAUGGCAUGACACGCAUGGACCCUUACUGCCGCCUGCGCCUGGGCUAUGCUGUGUAUGAGACGCCCACGGCCCACAACGGUGCCAAGAACCCUCGCUGGAACAAGGUCAUCCAGUGCACGGUGCCCCCAGGCGUGGACUCGUUCUACCUGGAGAUCUUCGACGAGCGAGCCUUCUCCAUGGAUGACCGCAUUGCAUGGACUCAUAUCACGAUCCCGGAGUCCCUGAAACAGGGCCAAGUGGAGGAUGAGUGGUACAGCCUGAGUGGGAGGCAGGGUGAUGACAAAGAGGGCAUGAUCAACCUGGUCAUGUCCUACACGUCACUGCCUGCUGCCAUGAUGAUGCCACCCCAGCCCGUGGUUCUGAUGCCAACCGUGUACCAGCAGGGCAUUGGCUAUGUGCCCAUUACAGGAAUGCCCACCGUCUGCAGCCCUGGCAUGGUGCCCAUGGCAGUGCCCCCACCAGCCGUGACCGUGCAGCCCCGCUGUAUGGAGGAGGACCUGAAGGCCAUCCAGGACAUGUUCCCCAAUAUGGACAAAGAGGUGAUCCGCUCCGUGCUGGAAGCCCAGAGAGGCAAUAAGGAUGCUGCCAUCAAUUCCCUGCUGCAGAUGGGCGAGGAGUCCUAGACCUGUCUGUUGCCCUAGGACUCGCCACCCCCGGUUCCCUGGGGUCCUCAUCCCAACAAGAUUCCUCUGAACCACUACCUGUACCCUCUUCCUCAGAUACCUGGUGCCCCUCCCCACCUGUUUUCAAGAUGCAUGUGGGUCUCAGUUCCCAGCAGCCCUCUUGACUACCAGUGGGGGUUCCCUCCUCGUCUUGGUCGGAUGAUGGUGGCAUAGUGCCACAGCACAGACCCACAUGCCUGUGCUGGGGAUGUGUGUCUCUUCCUCACACUGCUCUGGAAGGCAUUCUCAUAGAAAGCCACCCUCUGCCAGGGCAUUAGAAGCUGUCGAGCAUCCUUUUGAGCUUUUGAGAGACACAGUCACUUGGCUUGUUUGGGGUGGACCUAGUGACUUGCAGCAUGCAGACCCCCAUGCCCUGGUUUCCAGGUCACCUUUAGAGAUCGAAGCCGAGCGUCCGUGUUCCUUCCUGACAGUGUUUAGAGCAUGGGUCUCUUGCCUGGUUCCGCUGGCCACAGAGCUGGCCUGCCUCUGCCUUGCCCUGGUCACUUAGGCCACACUAUGUCCUGCUGACCUUGCUGGCUCCGCAGGCCUUGUCCCACCUUCUCUUCCUAGGGCCUAGGGUGGCGCUACUGUGUCAAGGCACUGUCCGUGCUGUGCGCCAGUUCUAGUUGGGGGAUGGAGUUGAAACCUAGUGAAUGUUCACAUUGGACCUUGCUGAGGCUGAGCUGCUGACACCUGGCUGCCCAGUCACUGCUGUCACCUCUUGUGGACCUGUGUUCUGGCUGCAGGCAGAUUUAGGGACUGAUGGGUGACACCAUGUUGUAAGACUCAGAGCCUUGGGAGACACCUCAGAAGCAAUGCACUUUUAUGUAGGACGUGCACCGUUGGGAAGCCCUGUAGCCUGGUGUGUCACAGUGUGUAGCCCACAGUGCGUAGCCCACAGUGCGUUGCUUCUCGUUCUCAAGGGUAUUUGUACCCAGCCUCUGAAUGUGAGAGUCUACUGACAUGGGUGUGACCAUCAGACCUGACAAUUUGGACCUCUUUGAAUGAUUCAGACUGAGUAAGUUAGUGCUUAAAUUUCAGGUGUGUCUGUCACCACCACCCCCCCAACCCCCCCCCCGUCCCCACCCCAUCAAAAAAGAGAAAAUUUUAAUCUCAGCUGCAAAAUAUUGCUUUCUACCAUGAUUGGGGUGCUUUUUGUCAAAUAUAUUGAUCAUAAAUCAUUAUUUUUGUAAACUGAAGAAGAGUGGGGUAGUGGUACAGGUGGAAUGGUGGCACUGGGUGCUUUUCUUUAGUUGCAAAUUGUUAAGGCUUUUCAUCUUGUGGUAGAGAAGAAAGACACCAGUGUUUGUUAAGUAAGUUUGACCACCCACUUUAACUAGCCAGUCACUGGAGGUCUUCCUUCCAAGCCACUGUGUGGUCUUGUGCCUGCAGCCGGCCCCCACCCUUGGGGACGGAUGUGUUGGCAGAAUGGGAUUCCCUUAGCUCCAUCAGCAGACUUGGCCCAGAAUAGCGCAAGCCUGCCGCAUCUGUCCCCAGGCCCAAGUGAGGCUGCAGGUGCCUGGCCUCCACCCUAAUGUUGCCGAGCUGCCUGCACUGCCCCUGCUGAGCGUGUCCUGGAGAAGGCUGUGACUCAGAGCAGUCUCUUUCCUUUUUCCUGAACACUUUAUUUUUUUAAUAGAUCAAAGAUGUAUCACAUUUUCUAUGGCCUUAGUCAAAUAAGAUCCUUCAUCCCUCAUUCUGUGCCACUUCCAUUGGAGCCUGUGGUGUUGUGCCUGUCUAGUGUGUAUGGUGGGGGGGGGGCAGCAAGGCCACAGUGCCUGCUCAGGGUCUUGAGCACAGCCUGAUUCACUCAGCUCACUGCCAAGUCCUCUUGGUGUGGAUGAAAGGUGUCACCUCAGAAGGAGUGGCUUGUUCCCAGCUUGUAGACAAAAGUGGCGGUGGAUUGAGGCAGGCACGGACGGGAGCUGGGCCCUUGCUGGAUCUUGCUGCUGCUUCUGACCCUUGCUCUGCAGAGUCAGGUUGCUAGCAAAGCCCCAGGGAUGGACGGUGGGAACAGCCUUCCUGGGCAGGUGUCAGGGCAAGGCCUGGGCCAUGUUUUUUGAGGCAGAUGUUGGUUGGAUUUGGAGCCCCUGAGCAUUGUAGUCUGACGUGGCCUCCAGCUCUGUGUCACCCUGUGAGUGAGACGUGUGUGCGUGGCUUUGUUGCACUCUUCCCCUCCCCAGACUGCCUCUUCAUUGUGGCAUUCGCUGAUGUGCAUGAGGCCCGUGUUGGUGGGUGUGAUUCUCAGAACUUCUCUGUUUCUACGGUUACGUUCACAGGGGGUCUGUGUCCAGGUUUUCCUUUGAUUGUAAAAUACAUUUCUACUUUUCAGCCUUCUAAUUUAAUAAGUGGCCCAUAUAAAAAUAGAGAAAUAAAGUCCUGAAAGGGGAAAUUUGC